UUUGAAGCUCUUUCCGUGAAGCGCCGCCGCCUCCUCCGAUGACGUCGCAAAUCCGCCCGGCCAAUGAGCGGUCUCUUCCUCUCCCCCCCCCCCGCGAGCUUUUGAAACGGGGUUGAAGGAGAGAAAAUCCCGCGCGGCGGAGGCGGCCCCUCCCCUUACGGCUGCCCGAACGUCGCUAUCAUGCACUCCUUGAAUCACUUAAAAGAUAACUACAGAGCAAGAUACUGCAACCAACAAGGUCAAAAUAAAGUUCCUGAAAUAAAGCAAGGAGAAAAUGUAUUGAAAUAUAUACAAGACUGCUUUAAAACUGGUGCAGAGGAAAAUGCAGUAUGCUCCCCAAGCACAUCAUGUUGCUCAUCCACGUGCUCAGACGUCAGUCAAACUCUAUCUCAGAGGAGAAAGGAAGAACAGAUAGAGCCAGAACCAAAUAAGAUUAACUACGUGCAGAAUGUAUUUAAUACAAACAUCUCCUUACCAUCACCAGAAGAAAAUGACAGGAUUUCAGAUGCGGCAACAUUAAAAGGUGCUGAAACAUCAAGCAGUGAGCAUGCGGAUUCUACAGAUGAGGAUGUCUCAGUGAUGUUCGCAUUACCUGUUUUCCUGAAUGAGGACGAAGAAAUGAGGCCAGGGUGGCAUGAAGAGGCACCUGAUAAAGAUUUACAGAGCAGCACAGAUGCUAGAGAAUCUGAGGAGCAUCAUGCAAGGAAAGAAACAAAGGAGCUUUCAACAUGUUUUGCUACCUCUUCCUGUCAAAAGAAAAUACCAGCGUCUGUAGCAUCAUUAGACACCAUGACAAGAUCUUCUAAAGAACGAAACACAGCCAGUAUAGAGCCAGAAGAUGAGUGUGAGUUUGUGAUAGAAGAAUCAUAUGGAUUCAGUUCUACAUCUUGGAUUUCAACGCCCCAAAGCAACAAAAAGCGACAGAAAGUCGACUUAAUAUCUCCAUCAUCUGAAGGGGGAAAAAGAGCUAAGCAGCAGAGUGUAAGAAGACAAGAUAAAAGGACACCGAAGAAACUUGUUACACCAACGCCAAUAAAGCAAAGCAAACGGAAGUUAAUUAACUCCGCUGAAAGAACUGUUAAAGGAAUGCAGACUGUUUCAAGGACUAAUGAAAGAAUCGCUGUGGAAGGCUGCCGCUCGCCGCUAACUGUAAAUACCACCCAACAAGUAAGAAAGCGAACACCUUCCAAAGGUAAGCCAUCUGUCGGUAUAUGCAAUGAGGAUUGCCAAGUGUCUGCAAGUGGAAGCCACGCAGGGGACGUUCUGUUUUCACAGGAGCAGGACCACGCUUUUUCAUUGCAGCCACAGGCCAUUGUAAGUCCAGCCCAGAGGUCAUGCCAGCGUAAGCGAUCUGUGAAGCAGAGCUGCUCAAAAGUUAAGCCUUUGGUGGCAUCACGUGAUGAAGGCUACCAGGAUUCUGCAAGUCCUGUAGAGGUGCGCCCAGAACGGAUUCCUUCUUCAGGCCACAAUGUUUUGAAAGCGCCAUCGCCUGCGAUAAGUACAGGCGAGCAAUUAUCUUGCGGUAAAAAACCUAGGAAACAAACACAUUCAAAAAGGAAGCCAUCGGUAGAAAUUCAUGAAGAUGAUAGGCAAGAAUGCACACCUGCAGCUGCGUCCCCAAAGGGUCGUCGAAAGUCUAUAGACGCCGAGGACCCUGCUCCUGUUCGGGGUGGGAAAUUAUCAAAGCACAAACAGUCCCCUAAACCUACAGCCCGAAAGUCAUCACGCAGCAAAUCAGCUAAGAGGCGAAAGCCUAAAAAAAGGCCGUCUCGAAAAGAUUUGGAAACUCCAAUGAGUACUGCUCAAAGACCCAGAAGGAAAAACAAGGUGCUGGUUUCGAGUGAUAACUCUGAAAGCGAGCAUGGAGGAGAAGAACAGCGCAGUGAAAAAGGUGAAGCCACUGGAGAAAGCAAGAGGGUGCCGGUUUCAGAGCAGAUCUCAGAAAACAAGAGUGCUGAAGGGGGUAGAAUAAGUGAAUCAAGGAAGACGUUGCCUCGGGAAGUAAGACCGACUUCCUUAGCAAGUGCUGAAGAAAGUGGAAUUGCCUUCUGCCAAGAGGAUUAUCCUGAACGGUACAUGGCAGAAAAAAUAUUAAAUCCUUCUAUGGAACGAAAAAACAGCAAUACGCGUUCCUUGCAUGGCCUUGUUUCUAAAAAUAAAACUUCUUCAAAACAUCAGAUUGCUGUUAACAGGGAGGAUUCAACAUCAGAUGAAUCUGAAGACUUGGAAGAGGAGCAAUGUCCAACUUAUUCAAGUGCACUGAAGCGCAAAAUGAUAUUGCCUUCCAACACGCCCAAUAUUCGUCGGACCAAAAGAAUACGUCUUAAACCAUUGGAGUACUGGCGAGGAGAACGCGUGAAAUACAAGAUGAGACCUUCAGGUGGCUUUGUAGUCAAUGGGGUAAUAUCACCUGAACAGAGAGAACCCAGGAAACUAAAACCUAAAAGGACAACACCUGUUCUGGAGUUUGAAGUACCUAGUGACUCAACUGUUUCCUUAAAAAGUCUUUCUGAGCAGGCUGUUGUGUUUGACAAAGAUGCCAAUAAAGAGGUUCUUCUAGACUGUGUGAGCAGCAGUAAUUCACAUUUGCUUUACAUCAAUGAUGAUACUGUGUCCAUAUAUAAACAACUGAAUACCCCUUUAUUUUCUGCUGGCAAACUGAUACUAAAGCCAUUAAAAGAAAAGGGAUUUCAGUAUUCCCACACAGAGACACUGGUUUUUCACAUUUCUUGUGGAACGCUCCUUUUGACGCUGUAUGACCAGUGUUACCGCCUGACUGCCGGAGACUAUUUUUAUAUCCCGCCAGGGAACGUCUACAACAUACGUAAUCUCUUGAAUAAAGAAUGUGUUGUCUUCUUCACUCAAAUAAAAGGAAGCCGGUCCGAAAAUUCAUGAAACCUACCCUUGUAUCGACAUUUCUUGGAGCAACUUAAAGAUCGUCUCAUGUGGGGGUGGGGAAUAGUGAACCGUCCUAGUUUGCACCAUUCCAGGCUUGCAGGACAACAAAAUUAAAUAUAUUUUUGUAGUUUGAGUUGUAUGUUUUUUUAAUUAUUUAUAUUGCACAAGUUCCCUUCUGAUCUUGUCAUUUCUUUGACUGAACUGAUAGCUUGGCAGGCUCCUUCGGUGGCAUAACGAAAUGUCGUGGCAACUGCAGCUUACGAUGCCAUCCUGCACUGGACAAGUGGCACAGAGCCACACCGUUAUUUGGCGUGCUAACCUUCAAGGCCUUUGCUGCUAUCUUGCUGGUACUAGGCGUGGAGGCAGAGCUACCCCAAAGACUGCAAAACAUCCGUAAAAGGGGCUGUUUGUGCCCAGAGUGGGGGUGGAAAUGACUGGCGAUGGGUCUGUAUAGCAAUACAGGUGUUGCUCCUACUUUUCGUUUGUACAGUUUGUACCUUUGUUACAUAAAUUACACACAUUAAUAAAACUGAUCACGCAGGCGUUGUUUUAUAUUUCAAAACGUAACUUUCUUGAGAAGCAUAAAAUGUUGUUGGUUUCGCAGAUUUAAGUCAUAUCACAUCUGGCUUGGGCUAUGCUAUUCCACCAACUAUAUAAUGCUUUGUCUAGGGUUCCUAAUGUUAAAUUCUACUGUCCACAUUUCCUGUUAUCUUGCUUGUAGGGAUAAGUCAAAUGGUUUUUUUUUAUAAAAAAAAAACUGGAUAGAAAAUAAAGAUUUUGAGAAGUUGAGUCUAACAUUUGGCCUAAUUCCAAAAGCCAAGUGACUCGUUAUUAUUCCAACUCAUCGGAAACCUGUUCUCUGCACCUUAUAUCUAGCACAGUCCACAUUGAAAGCUUCCAGCUUUGAAAUGGAUUAACUGGCCAUACUUGGACUUCCUUUUCCACAGUGUGAACUUCUUUCUGACUUGCAGAUGAGAAGAAGAAGAAGGCAGGCCACCUGUCGCCAGAAAACAGCGGCAGGUGCCCCGCCCCCUUUUCACUGGAAGUCCCACCCCUUCCCUCAAAAGUCCUGCCAUUCAAUGCAAAUUCUAUAUUAAUGUUUUUGAAAAUGUUCGUUUUCGCAUAUCAUGCAGCCUACAUAUGUCACUGCUUUCGGUCUGAAGGAGUAGUUUUUUUUAGUCCCUCUAGCAAACUGGUGAGGAACCGCGUUAUAUCUUGUCUGCCAGUGGGACUUGACCCUUACCAGUUUGCGUACAAGGCAAGGAGAUCCACGGAGGAUGCUGUGGCAAUGGCUUUACACACUGCCCUGGCUCAUUUGGAGAAGCGAGGGAACUAGUGAGAUUGUUAUUUGCAGACUUUAGUUCUGCAUUUAAUACUAUUCUCCCGCAUAGAUUGG